UUGAACGUCAUUCGCCUAAAACAUCUCUGAACUUCACUGCAGGCUUCAUGAGGUCCACGUCUCUGUUCACGCUGGUGGUCCUGUGCGUCACCGUGUUCUUCUGCGUCGGCUACACCUGCUUCGGACACUUCAAGUACCUGAGUCCUCACAACUACGCCGUCAAAGACGAGGACGACGAUAAAGGAGAAGAAGGAGUGGAAGAAAACGCCACGGUUUACCUUCCCAGAGUGCUGAACCCUAAAUCUCCAGCCAGCGGCCUUCAGAAGUCCAAAUCUCAGCAGUCCUACGGCUCCACGGAGGAAACCCCGUCUCCCGAACCCCGUCUGUUGGAGGAGGACGCGUCAGAGGCUUGAAUUCGUCCUGAUUUUAUCAAAUCUGCUUCCUUCACGACUCUGAACACGUUCGGUUCCUGCUGACUGUCGACGGACCGGUUUAACUUUUAUACACCGACGAGCCACAACAUUAAAACCACCUGAACACAGACGUUUGGUGCUGAAAGAAAACUUGCUCGAGGAACACGACAAAGAGCGAAAGAUAACGAACUGAUCGAGCGCCGCCAGAACAAUCCUGAGAACCAAAGGAUCCACUGCCAACACCUCCAGAGGUCCCGCCUUCAUGCCUUCACAGCUCCGAGGUGUUUUGGCAGCAUGAAAGUCGCCUAAUCGACCUUUUUUUUUAGUGUUUAUGCUUCCAUUGAGGUGCAAAAUCCAACAGCUCCAACCGUGACGUGAACCCAGAGUUCACCAAACCAGAUGUUCUGUUGCAGGAAACAGAACAGCGGAGGUUUGUCUCGUCAGCCUGUUUGGGGAAAAAGACAGAAAAACGACUGUUUGACCUUGAAACCAGCUGCCGUCGAGACGUUUCCAGAAGAACGUAGGCUGAAAACAGGCCGACAGAGGUUCCACGUGGACGCUUCCUGCACAAUGUCUUCAAAUUCCUGCAGCGGUUUUAAUGUUGUGGCUCGUCGGUUCAAGUUAACCAGAGAAAACAGUUCAGGAGCUUUUACUUGAUAAUCAGCACUUGACCACACGCUGCGCCAUAAAGGACCAAUCCACCAAAUGUCUCCGUUUAAAUGAAGCCAUUCUGUCUGUCGAAGCCCAUAAUGAAUCCUGCCGACACCAAAGAGGCGGAAACGUCUGCUCUGGUUUUUACAACGUGCCUUUUUUUUUAAAUGUCUGAGCACCUGCCAAGGGAAUAACUUCAUGCUGCACUUUGUGUCGUGUUUACUAAAAAGAGCUUUUGUAAUUUAACGACAGUAGUUUCUGUCAGUGUUUCUGAAGCUUUGCAACCAAAAGAAGCCUUGUUCUGAUGAUUGUUUGUGGUCGUUGUUGUGCCAAUAACAGACGGGGCAGCGUUUACCGUCUGUGUUUAAUGUACCUGUGCAGCUUUUUUGUCUUUUUAAGUGCAAUUAACGAGGAGGUAAAUCCUAGAAGACGCUUUGUUACCUGUCAGACUGGAACUCAGGUUAAUAUUUUGUGUCAGUAUUAAACGUCCUCUCAUGCAGUUUUAAAA